UAUCAGUUUGCAUCGUCCUCAUCAACCCUACCGCCUGCUUCGCCAUGUUCCGAUAGUGGCGAGUCAAAAACGAAUCUAAUCAUCAAUUACCUACCUCAAACGAUGAGUCAAGAAGAGGUGCGGUCACUGUUCUCGAGUGUUGGCGAGAUCGAUUCGUGCAAAUUGGUACGAGACAAAAUUACUGGUCAGUUUCCGAUUGAUUUGGUUCGGCUUUAUUUCGAUUUCAAGCGUAUUGUUAGAUUCUUGGACAUAUUCAUUUAA